AUGGGCUCGGGUACUGAUGAGAGCAUCGAGCUCUCUUCCACGAAAACACCAGCCAAGGUCGAACACACGACCUGGGAGUCUACAAAGAGUUGGUACUCUCGAACGGUCCUUCGAUCGGGCACGCAGUAUAGUCAAUUAGAGCGCCAGCCACCCUCUGACUCCAAAUUCUUCCACGGGUGGAGAUUAGGUGCUCUCACUCUCGGGAAUCUUCGUCGCAAUCUGCCUGUGUCUUACAUUCGCACCAAAUAUCCACCCAACGAGGACGGGCUAGGCGUGAUUCUCGGCCACGACUGCGGCAAGACCCGCAGCAUUGACAGCCGCUUCCACUAUGCGAUCAACGUCAUUGCGACCGUCCUCGUCAGCGCGAGCAAUUACAACAUGCAAUGUCUCACCGCGCCAACGCGCAAAGAAGUCGACACAGCUCACAGGCGGAGAAGGUGGCUUGAUAUCGGAAUCCAUUCAGUGCGAAACCUGUCGCAUAUUCCGCGACCCAAAGCGGUGUUCUGGCUCGUGCUCGCGCUGAGCUCAUUGCCCCUUCAUCUUUUGUGGAACUCGGCAGUUUUUAUGACGACCACAUUCAACGACUACAGCGGCCUGGUGGUCACGCCGGGAUUCCUCGAAGAAAGUGCUUCUAUUGGCCUCGACUGCGGACCCGACGCGAUGGCGCAGUACAAGACUUCAGACCAGCCGAGCUACGUGACUUGCUGGCUGCGCAAUAUGGCCCUACAAACACCAAGAAAUAUGAGCCGAUUGGAUCCCAGAGAUUGCAUGUCCACGUAUGGGGAUGGUCUUGAGGGAGGCACUUUCAAUCUCCUUGCUGUCACCAAGAAUGGCAGCAACCCUAAGCAAUCCGACACGUUUCCACCACCGCACAAUGCCACACUACCCGUGCUUGCGUAUUUCCACCCCCUGGACUACCCACAGGAAGUGCAUGAUUGGUGCUCAAGCAAGUGUGAGUCGUGGAGCGACAACGACACCAGUCAAACAUAUUGCUUGGAUGCAGAUUGGGACCAAUCAUCUGCCCCCUUGUCUUGCAUAGAACAUAUGGUGAACGGGACAGGUUGGCAACCAGACCCGAUUCCGCAGGUCACAUAUUGGAUGUGUGCUCUAGACACAAUUUUUUAUGACCAGUGCAGCAGCUCAGAAGCCCAGAAAAAUGCCAGCAACUGGACCAUCUUACCCGAAUACUAUGAGAUCGACUACUGUUUGACAACGGAUGCAGACCACGGAUGUCAGUUGAAGUACAGCCCGAUGAUUCUGUACAUUACUAUCGUCUGUAACGCGGUAAAGCUUGCGUCAAUCUUGGGAUGUCUUCUCAUGUCUCGAGAGCCAAAUCUAACAACUAUUGGCGAUGCCGUGGAUUCCUUUCUUCGACGUCCAGACCAAGUAUCAAGAGGCCGGUGUCUGAUGUCAAAGUUGGAUGACUCGAUCUUUCCUGGCAUCGACGAGACUGGCGAGUACAUUCCCUUGGCUUCAUAUUCUCCGCAGCCUUGGGUUGAGGGUGGAAUUUGGUUUGGAAGACAUGGGACUGCUCGACGUUGGGCAGUUUGUAUAUUCUUAUGGCUAGCAUGUGUUAUUGUUGGAGCCGUCGCCAUGGUGAAAGGAAUCAGCCUUGUUGGCAUGAAGAACGCUUUCACCAUGGGCUUCGGGGCUCUUAGUCUUAACGCUAUCGCCGCCACAUCCAAUUAUGAGGGCGGAAGCUCUAAAUCAAUUCUCACCACUUCUCUAAUUGCCAACCUCCCCCAACUUCUUCUCUCAGGACUAUACUUCAUGUACAAUGCCGUCCUCACAAGCAUGACCGCUACCCACGAAUGGAGCACGUUCGCCCACAAACGAACCACACUCCGAGUCACUCUCCCAGCGGGCGCGCAACGGGAGACGUAUUGGCUCGGACUUCCCUGGCGAUAUUCUCUACCCUUUUUAAUAUGCAGUACUGUUUUCCACUGGCUGGUUUCGCAAUCGAUCUUUCUGAUCAACAUCAGAAUCUACCAGCCAAACACCGAGAUUCUAACGGAACCAGCAGCUCAUUUCCCUGGAGUGAGCAACACUGGCAUGACUACAGCAUGUGGGUAUAGUCCAUUUGCCAUUGCGUGCGCGCUUGGGGUGGCAUUGGUGCUGUUUGUCGCUUUGGCCGUCUUGAGCUCGCGAAAACUGAAGCCAGGGAUGCCUGUUGUGGGUAGUUGUAGUCUUGCUAUCAGCGCUGCGUGUCAUCCUCCUGAAUCCGAUGAGUCGGUUGCUGUCAAGCCACUGCUUUGGGGUGCGGUGGCGCACGAGGAGAAUGGAAAACCAGGUCAUUGUUGUUUGACCUCUUUCGAGGUGGAGAAGCCAAGGAAGGGAGCUUUAUAUGCUGGCUAUUACGAUUGA